UUAAGAGUCGAUCCCUCACUAUUUCAAUUUAGGUGUGUCGAGGCUAAGACUACUAUAACUUGUGAGUGCCUCCCUCAACUCAUCACCUUCUCUCUCUCUCUCUCUCUCUCUCUCUCUCUCUCCUUCUUGAGCGACCAUGGAGAACUACCCACUCCGGUUUCCCUCACAGCAACCUUCUGCUUCGUUUUCUACUCCAUGUCUCUCCCUCUUGCCGACCGACAUGAUCGGCGACAUCCAAGUCUUUGACACUCUCCAAGGUGGCAACUCAGCUGGUUUCUUGAGGUCCAAGGAUGAGGUCGAGGUCCCGACCUCCCAAGGCUAUGGAGCUUACCAGUUGAUGGAAUCCUUCGCUGGAUCGAGGGAGAACGAGGAGAAGCCUAGCAAAAAGAAGGAGAAGAAGGUGAAGAAGCCGCGAUACGCCUUCCAAACUCGGAGCCAUGUUGAUGUACUCGAUGAUGGCUAUCGCUGGAGGAAGUAUGGGCAGAAGGCAGUGAAGAAUAACAGGUUCCCUAGAAGCUACUACAAAUGCACGCAUCAAGGUUGCAGCGUGAAGAAGCAGGUUCAACGCCUGUCAAGGGAUGAAGGCAUUGUGGUGACAACCUACGAGGGAGUGCACACUCAUCCCACGGAAAAACCGCAUGACAACUUCCAAGAUAUUCUGAAUCAAAUGCAAAUCUACUCCAACUUUUAGGUCUGUAAUGUGACGGAACGAAGAUGUUGAAGUCAUGUAUGCUUGCUAAAUAAUAAGCUUCACCAGUGCAACUUCUAUAUGGUGGACUCAUUUUGCUGCAAUACAUAUGGCUCUCUUGAACCUUUCA